AUUGACAUUCUUUCCAUCGCGGACAUUUUCAGUAUUAACCCGGCUCAACCUUGUAACGGACAUUCAUCAUGGCGAGCGGUCCAACAGGCAACAUCAUGAGCGCAGCAUCCCUCUGCAGGUUCAUGGUACCGAGUCUAGCAGGAGGUGCCUCGCCACAGAUCAAGAACAGCUACGACGCCGUUGCGCUAGCAGCUCAUGCAGCCUUUCAAGCUGUCGGGUUUCGCUUGGUGGGUCUAGGUGAGGACCACAAGAUUGAGGCACAGUCAGAUCCAGACCGACCUUCACCCUUACCAGCGGAAUGGAAUGCUGUCAAAGGUUCAUAUGCCUUCCGCUACAAGCACAGCCAGAGCAGCAUGGAGUAUUUGCUCAAAGUGAACAGUAUGGGCAACAAGGCUGUUCUCAUGGGCAUGGGAAUGGGCGACGACCGAACUUGUAGUUUCGACAUCAAGGUCCAGGAUUACGUGUCUGACGGCAACUUGCCAGCGUCACCCGUCUCAGAAGGUGAGCCAGAAAGUGAAGCUGCAAGGAAGCUCCUCGACGUUUUCAUUUCGAAUGGCAGACUGAGCGACCUUGGGAGCUUGAUGCGGCUUCAAAUCAUUCAGAAGCUGGUACCAAGUCUGCACAAGGAAGGCUACGAAGAAUCACAGGAAUCGCAAUCAUCGACAUCAAGACAGCCACGAGAACCAGCACCCGGCCGAGAGGGGGACAGACCACAUUACGACCCGUUACGCGAGGAUAGGGAUCCACCAGCACGACCGUACCCACUGCAUGAUCCACUCGCACAACCUCGAAGACCGUUUCCCGAGCCGAUCCCAGGCUUCGAGGACGAAUUCGAAACGCAAAGAGGGCCGCGAGGCGGCAUGCCAGGUGCCUUCCCACGCAUUGGCGAGCGCGAUCUGUAUCCCCAAGGUCUCGACCCCAACGAUCCUUUCCGUGGUGGUGUCGGGCCUGGUUACGGUCCGAUGGGUGGUGGUGGCAUGCAUCCCACGUUCGAUGACCCGCUGUUCACCGGACAAGGGCAGAGAGGUGGUGGAUAUAAUCCGCAGGCGCCGCCGGGCAGUAGGUUCGAUCCGAUUGGGCCAGGCAUGGGCGGUCAUCCGCGCGGAGCUGGCAUGGGUGGACGUCCGCCGAAUCCGUUUAGUGGGUUUGGUGAUGGUGACUUCAUCUGAGAACAUCCAUCAGGGUUCGUGGAGCACGGCGUCUGGAGUAACUGGGCGUCGGGAGCGUGCCCGGUAUGCGCGCUCUCACUCCGAAGCGUUGCAUUGUCCGCUGCUUGCAAUAUGAGUAAACGAAUUCGCGCACUCUGAUGUGUACUCGAAGUGCGUUGCGCCUGGACUGCAAAUAGAUACUUCGAGGAGAUAGCAAGAUUCGACUCGUCGUCAUCUGUCUAUAAUCUGAUGUCAACGGCGAUAGAGCACAGCCAAAAUAACGAUUGCCACCGGCAACGCAGCCCCGGUUCAUGCCUCGA